UUGCGACCUCUGACUAACGACUAACGACUCAUUGUAGACCGGGCCUUGGGCUGACAACGAGUUCAAUGUUGGGUCGCUGAAUCCGUUUGCGUUAAAUUUCAUGUAUUGGCGGAUCGUACAUUGUUCGUCGCUGCAAUGAAAUGGCCGGAAGGUAGAAGCUGUAGUUUAAGUAAAUUGUACAAAGUAUCGUGCAAUCUACGCGAAAGAAGGAAUUUUGUCGAGUAGAAAUAAUGUAACGUAACCAUGGCAACUUCCCAUACAGCGCCAAAGCUUUCGGGAACAUUUUAGAAACAUUGCGACGUUGCAAUAAUAUUUUCUGUAAGUUGCCUGUGUCCACCAUGUUGGAACUCGGUCCAUUGUUCUAGUUCCAAGAAGUGCGUGGCUAAUCAACUUGCAACUUUUGCGGAAUAGCUGCACGUUAAUUGGCUGCGCGUUUCUCGAAACUAGAACUUGGGGCCACGGUCUAGCAUCGCGGGCCUUAGCAGUCGUCCAGUGUUCCGUUCAAUUCGCAGUGCGCGAAUCAAGCUGAAAUAAGGAGACGUGCCGUUUAAUCGUCGAUCCACGAGAGGCAAAAGUUGCACGCUCCACUCGGCCCGUCCGCGCAGUCACCCGCAGCGAGUAACAACAGCGAGCAACUGCGAGAUAGUCGACGAGAGUCGUCCCGUACCACGGAAGCCGGAGGCGCGUCGAGAAAAUUUGGGGCGAAUCGAAGCGAGCGAUUCCUGCGGGGGACAGUAACGACGGGGGCGCAGGAUGGCCGAUCGCAAGACGGCAGUUUCGUCAAAAGAAACGAGCGCUCCUCGAAAUCAUUUGAGCGUCUGGAGGAGUUCGCGGGAUCACGGUUGCUGUUGCGGAGGACUCGCGCUGAAUGAUUCAUGCGCGCCCAGUCCGGACAAAGUCAGAAUAGGAUGCGUCGUGCCGUCGCGCUCCCGCUGUCGUUGUCCCCGAGUCUGCAAGAAGGCGGUCAGGUGUGAGCCGCCUCCAUGCACGACGGACGUGCGAAGUUGCGGCGGUAGCGGGUGUUGCGGUGGCUACGGGACACCCGGCCAGAUCUGCGCGCCGUCGCCGAGGAUCUGCAACUCGCCGGCUCACUCCUCGCGCGGGAGAUCGUGCUGCGCCUCGCGCUGUGCACCGCAGCCACCUUGCUCGAUCGGCGGCUGCAGGGGCUGCUGCGGCGGAUCCAACUGUGGAAGAUUGCCGCGCGAGCCGCCGAGCCAUCUGGAAGACAUGAUUUACGGAUGCUGCAUCGUCGAUGACGGAGCGAGAUGCGGCGUCAAUGAGGGCUGCUGCGCGCUGAAAUUGCACCUCGGCCCACUCAAGUGCCUCGGUGGCGGCCGUGACUGUCGGCGAUGCGGAAGAAAGGUCUACCAGGCUGAGAUGCAGACCGCCUCCGGAGUGCCAUACCAUAACAGUUGCUUCAGUUGCUUUUGCUGCCGGAAGCCGCUGGAACCGCUGACUUACCAGGAGAACAGCGGCGAAAUUUAUUGCAAACAAUGUUACGUUCGCAAUUUCGGGCCGCAGGGAUACGGCUACGGCGUGCUGCAGACUCCCUUGUGAGCACGCGGCUAUCGAAUACCGGCCGUACACAUGUGAAAGCAUUCAAGUAUAGUUAUGACGUUUCUUCGCGUGUUUCCAUUUCUUUACGACGGUCAUAAAAUGUUAUAAAAUGCGCGGGGGAGCUUAAUGCGUAUUAAGACGUUCUGUGUAGCUUUCGCGUGGCACUGUAACGCCAGCUGUAUAUUUCUCCGUACGCAUGCGAUGUUUUAGCCAACGUUUUUACCCGAUAAACACUGUGAACGAGUACUCGGUUAUUAUUAUUCUUGAUAUUCAACCCGUUUAUUCGGCAAUAAGUCGCGAGAGGAAAGUAAAACCUGUGCGCGCGGGAGGAACCGGGGAAGAGAAACAAGGAGUGAAGCCGGAGGAAGAGUGAAACGGCUGCUCUCUCUACGCCCCGGGAAGAAAAGAGGAUAAUGUGCCCCAGGUUUAUUGAGCCUCUCCGCCAGGGCGAAUUGCGCGGGAUGACUCGUCAGGGACCGAUUGCGGGGUAAACUGGAUACAUAUAAAAAUAAGGAAGGGGAUUUAACGGGGAGAGGAGAUUCGAGGCGGCGAAAGGAAAAAAAAAGAGAAAUUCCGCGAGACGCGGAAGGAGGAAGGACCGAACGCGCGGCGCCGCGUUUUGGAAGAAAAAGGACGACGGGAGGCGGGCACGGAGGGUACGUUCGCGGGUUUGCAAAACAGAGGACGAGGCAGGAGAGUCGGGCGGGAGGAGGAAAGAGUGAGUGGUUGGUUUAUUGAGUCUCUCUCCGGGCGCGCGGCGGAUUUGCGCGCGCGGAGGAAGGCGCAGGCGGAGGGGCGUUUAUAUAGCUUUCAGGCGCAGAAGCUUAAUC